ACACACGCGCCAAUAAUUCAGUAAAAAGUGUUUACGCUUUAAGCUAGCGGAAAAGAAAAGGUCACCCCGUUGAAAAUAUGCGGCGCCACCACCAUCCGAGGCGGCGGCAGUUAUCUUCGGACUCCGAUAUCGAUUUCAGAGGAGACGAUGACGACGACGAUGAAGACGAAGAUGAGGAGGAAGUGGAGGAAGGAUCCUCUGCGGCGCGGCGGCGGCGUCGGAUAAAGAUGAAGUGCCUUUCCUGCAAGGAGGACUACGGCGAUAACGACGCCGGCACCUGCCGCGAGUGCUACGAGGAGGCCGGCGAGACGGAAGAGGAGCUCAAGCGCGAGAUCGACGAUCUCAAGUCUAAAGUCAACUUCCUUCGCCUCCUAUCCGUAGGGCCUGGCCCUGUUGGCCCUAAUUGCAUCACCAGACCUAACACCCCCUGCUUCUCCGACGUCGUUUUGGUGGCUUCCGGCUCCAAGGAUUCCGAUGGCUCUCAGUGCAUUUCGCCUUCUAUUCCGGCCCACCGUGCUGUAUUGACGAGCCGAUCGCCAGUUUUCAGGGCCAUGCUCGAAACCGAAAUGGAAGAAACCCUAAGUGGGACCAUCAAAAUCGGUGAUGUUUCCUACGACGCACUUCGCGCAUUUGUUAACUAUAUGUACACAGCGGAAGCUUGCCUAGACGAACACAUGGCAUGUGAUCUCUUAGUGUUGGCUGAAAGAUACCAAGUGAAGCAUCUCAAAACCUACUGUGAAAAGUACCUCAUGUCGAAACUGAACUGGGAGAAUUCGCUCCCGUAUUACGCUUUUGCCCACCAGCACGGUGCAAAGAGCUUGCUUGAGGCAGCUUUGUCUUUGAUAAUGGACAAUAUGGACAAGCUGAGUAAGCAAGAAGAGUAUAUGGAACUCGUGGAGAAGGACCCUCGUGUAGUGGUGGAGAUUUACGAAGCUUAUUUGUCCAAACAAGUCAACACUGCUGCUGCAAGUAAAGAUCCAAGUGCAAAAGCCUAGGUUACUCAAUGGAGGGGUUUUCAUGUCAGUUUCGAACAGUAUCUUUGCCUGGAUUCGUAAAGGUUAUGUCUUUAUGCUUUUGUGGCUGAGAAUAAUAACGUUUGUAUGGGUAAAGACAACUUGGUUAGGUGUCGAUUUUCGGUUUGUGAAAAUGUGUUACGAUUUGUAGUCGUGUCUAAGGUCAUCGAUCAAUGGUUAGUCUCUUUGCAGCAUGUAUUCAAAUAAACUUCGAUUAAUAGAUGCUACACUUGGUGAAA